AUGUCUUUCGGCAAAAUCACCACAUGCCUCUGGUUUGAAGACCAAGGCGAGGCAGCAGCAAACCACUAUGUCUCGGCCUUUGCCCCAGAUUCCAAGAUCCUCUCCAUCCAGCGGUACACCCCCUCAGGCCAAGAUACCCAUGGUCAAGAACCCGGCAGAGUCAUGGUCGUCGAGUUUGAGCUCCGCGGCCGCUCCUUCGUGGCCCUCAACGGCGGUCCGGCCAAGUGGAAGUUCAGCGAAGCUAUGUCCCUGAUGAUCGACUGCAAGGAUCAGGACGAGGUUGAUCACUUCUGGGAGAAGCUGACUGAAGACGGCGAUGUGUCCCGUCAGCAGUGUGGAUGGUUGGCAGAUAAGUUUGGUGUUUCCUGGCAGGUUGUGCCAACGGCACUCAAGAACAUGAUGGCGUCUGAGGACAAGGCAGCGGCGGGGAGAGCUACUCAAGCCAUGAUGAAGAUGAAGAAAUUCGACAUUGGAGAGUUGGAAAAGGCAUUCAAUGGUUGA